AUGCCGCCGAGAGUAUACUGCUCAUCAUUUCCCCCAAUUCAUCCGGUCGAUGUCGAUCUCCUUACCUAUCUAUUCUCGAACCCAAAGAAUACUCCCGAUGACAAACCCAUUUACAUCGAUGCUGUUACUGGUGCUUCUCGCAGUUAUGGAGAUAUCAAACGCAGGACUCGAUCGUUGGCUCACGGCUUACGCGAUCUAGGAGUGGAGCCUAAAGAUAUUGUCGCUUUCAUCAGUCCAAACAGUAUCGACUAUGCCAUCACUUGCUAUGGCAUCUUGGGUUGUGGAGCAACAGUGUCUCCAGUCAACGCAGCUUAUACACCCGUGGAGUUGCAGUCACAACUUGAAACCAGUGGAGCCAAAUAUCUGAUUGUUCACUCGGCUCUUCUCGAUACGGCCGAGAAGGCAGUCAAGUUUGAUCCCGAUAUCAAAGUGAUCCAGGCAGAUGGCACCCCUGACAAACAAGGCAGACCCACCGCGGAAUUUCUGGCAACUAAAUGUCCAUCCAGUCCACUUGUCAGCAUUCGACCAGAAGAAGCAAGUGAACGCCUGAGUUUCAUGUGCUUCUCUUCUGGUACAACAGGCCGAGCCAAGGGUGUCAUGACCACACACAAAAACCUAGUAUCCAAUGUUCAGCAAUGGCUGGCUCAAGUUCCCUACGAAGCAACCGGUGACCAGACGACAGUGACAUUUUUGCCGUUCAGCCACAUAUAUGGCUUGACUUCCUUUAUAUGUGUGAAUUCAAUGGUGGGAAACACCGCCGUUGUCCUGAGCCGUUUCGAACCCGAACGAUACAUGAGCUCUAUUCAGAAGUACAGACCAGAAUCCGUCAGCCUCGUCCCGCCAGUCAUGCUACUCCUCGCCAAACAUCCCUUGGUGGAGAAAUACGAUCUCGGCAGCCUGAAGAGGAUCCUCUCUGCCGCAGCUCCGCUAAGUGUGGGACUUCGGGAAGCAGUUGAAGAACGAUUCAAGAAGUUAUACGGGACAACGGUACUUGGCCUGCAAGCUUGGGGGAUGACCGAAACCAGUCCUUUAGGCUCGAUGGUGCCGCCGACUCGACCAGACAAACGGCACACCGUGGGGAAUAUUGCCCCGAGCAUGGAAUUCAGAGUGGUGGAUCCAGAGACCAUGCAAGAUACCGAGACUGACACGGAUGGUUCUUCCAAACCAGGUGAGAUCUGGUGUCGUGGACCCAACGUUACAAAAGGCUACUAUCGAAAUGAAGAAGCCACGAAAACCGGGUUUGCGUCCGACGAAGAUGGAAAGCUAUGGCUCCGCACUGGAGACAUUGGUCUGAUCGACAAAGACGGAUUUAUCAUCAUUGUCGACCGAAUAAAGGAAAUGAUCAAGUACAAGGGCUGGCAGAUAAUCCCGUCAGAAUUGGAAGGCAAACUACUGGAACACCCUGAUGUCGAAGAUGCAUGUGUGGUCGGACAUUGGGUUGAGGAGCAAGCAACCGAGCUGCCGGUGGGUUUCGUUGUCAUCACCCAGAAGGCGAAGACCACGAGCGAAAAGGCCAUUGUGGACGGUAUUCAUCAGUGGUUGAAUAGCCAAAUUGCGAACCACAAGAGAUUAAGAGGAGGUUUGUUUGUCGUCGAGGCCAUUCCAAAGAGCGCUAGCGGCAAGAUCAUGAGAAGGCAGCUAAAGGAUAUACUGAAAGCAAAGAGCCCGAAAGCAGAAUCAAAGUUGUGA